AUUGUCUCCAGAUGGCCUCAGCUGCGGUGACGCGAAACAAAGACAUGAUUGCAUUCCGCGAGAGCGUCAUGAGGCAAUUUGGACCUUUCGCACCUCCACUCUCACCUCGUCGAUUAAUCUUGAGAGGGAUCAAUGUAAUAUAUCCGGCUGACCUCUUGAACAGUCGGGACCGUUUCAUCGACAUGCCCCAGUUUAAUUAAGACUUGCACUUGGUCACAACUGGAAUUUUUAUUACAAGGAAAAAAUACAAAAGCUAGAUUUGAUGCCGGUUGAUGUCUAUUCUUUUCACAUGAUCAUGAAGAUGUCCCAAGAAAUUCUUUUACUACUUUUCGUAGCGUGAUGUAGAUUAUCUGUUUCUUUCUUUAAUAUGGUGGUGAUGGAUGAUGGAUUGCAUGCCUGGACAUGCCUGGCAUGCAUGGCGAAAGUCGAAUAAGGUCAGGUCGCGACAUUCUAGAGGGAGCCAGAUGAAAGUGACGGGUGGCGGGGCGGCGUGAUGGUUCCUUCACGUUGUGCUCCGCUGUUGCCCUUGAGGCUCGCUGUAGUUGCAUUUCUUUGUAUUUGUUUAGGUAAGGCGUGCCUCACUUAGCCGCCCCCGCUCCCAGGUCCCGCUGAAACACAAACAUGCAGAGUGCCCGGAGCCUGCCCACCCUUUCUCUCGCUUUAGCUGUUGGGGGCUGGGUUCGAAUGGGUGGCGGCCUUGGUGCGUGUUCAUAUUGUCUCUUCUUGCUUGUCAUGUAAUCUGCAAGCGAUUAGGGGGGAACUACGUUCGAGCUAUGGCGCCCGAAGGGCGCUGCCGAAAAUACAGAGGGUUUAUUUGGGGCGCACAUUCAUGCCAGGCCUCUCAUCCAUGCCAUGCAGUCCACAUCUUUAAGAAAAACCAAAUGUCUUGUAAUAAAUAUAAUAUGUUUAUGUUUAUCGGAUUUUACGUCUAAUUGAUUCUUUUUACGUCUAAUUCAGCAAAGAGGCGGCUCAAGAAAUUUGCGACACACUCGAGAAGGACUCAAAGCGGGGUCCGCAGGAUGCGCAGUACUUCGCUAUGCCGACUCACAUCGAAAUGAAGAAGGUUGGAUUGGCCGAUCAGCGGCACUGGACGAAUAAGCUUACACAAGCAAUCCCAAAGCUAGUGACCGAUCUCACGAGGAAAUACGAUUCCAUGCUGAACGCGUACAGAGGGUACUCUUCCGACCAGGACUAGCUCUAAUCGUUUCUGAUUCUAUAAUAUUUUUAUUUUACUUUUUUACUUUUUUAGUAGAGUUUGCAUUCCUUCUUUCGCUUUCUCUAUCAUGAAAAUCUGCAUCGACUCUUCAUUUUCCAGGGCUGCGGACAAACAGAAAGAAAGCCUAAAGGCAUGUUUCGAGAAAGAUACAGGAAAGGGUCUGGAAAAGGAAGGAAUCUUGAGGUUUUUAGACUUCUUCUCGCGUCAGACGCAAGGCCAACAAAAAGUCCAGGGCGGAGUAUCGAAAGUUGUUCCCGUACUAGCCCAGAAUACCCCGGUAGCUGCUUCGAAAGGGCUGAACGAUCUGCGGCACGACGUUGGACCGCGAAAGUCCGUUUCACAUGCUGGCGAGGAUCGCAUACUUGUGGGGUUUGAAGACUACGUGAGCGCCUGUCAGCAUGAUCCCUCGAAGACCGCCGACGGGACAGCAGCGGAUCCUGAUAGUUGUCGUGAACCAUUUUCACAAGUGCAAACAGUAGGUGGCAGCUUCAACCAUGCGAUUUAUUUUACAAAUGAACCCCGCUUAAUCUCGGAGGAUACCCUAUCGUAUAAUACGAAUGUGAUAAGGUCAGUCGUUCAGCAAUCGGCAGAGAAUCGAAAUUAUAGAUCGGCUAUGUCAAUGUCAGGCCCAGGCGUUUCAUCAUCAAACAAGAAACUGCGUCGCGGCAUGCAGAUGGUGCAUAUUUCAGCCGAUAUGAAUCCCGCAAAAUGCCACGUGUCGACGCAGACCAACAAUCAGUCUGCUGGUCCGAACCCGAACGGAGUCACUUCUCCUGGAUCCCUAAAGUCAUCAACAUCGCAAGAUAGCAAGGCAUCAAAAACACUCCGUCCUAUUCAGGAGACCCACGCUGAGCAGGAUGAUACCAGCUUUGAUGGACACGAUCUGGCGGGUAGUUUAUCACCUACGAAAUGUGCUGGCGAAGAUGGGCUGCCUCAAUCCGAUAAAAUUAAACCUGCUGAACAACGUUAUACGGAAACGGAGAUAACUAGUGACACCGCGAAGCACCGCUCUCCUGAUUGUCGUCAUGCUGCUACUUGCGACCAGCAAGACGGUCGUUGUCUUACCCCGUCUGCUGAAGCAUCGCUUGGCCAACCAUCUGAACCUGAAGCGAGCCAUUUAAUUGGCGAACACGAUGCACCAUCAAAGGGGGACACACGCCGUCCUUUCGAAGAUGAGGUUGAACAAAACGGAGGACGCGAAGCGGAAGAAGGUACGAAAGAACAGCCUGGCGCUAAUGGCGACGAAGAACUACUAGAAGUUAACACGAUGAAGAUCAAGAUGAUGAUGAAGAAGGCCAAUAAUAACAUUUCAAGUUGUUCAGAUGUUCCUAGAAAGGGCUCCUCGACUUUCGUGUUUCUCAACGGGUCUGAAACAACAGCGCUGCGUCUUCCCCGCUGUUCUCCCCGUGGUCGUGAGCGUUCUGCCCCCUCAUCAUCUGCAUCGCUUGCGGUGGAUGAAGAUGGCCGCUCGGGUAUGCCAGGAGACGACGAAACGACCGGAAACGCAACGUACAUCAAUGUGACGCGUCAUACUUUGAGCCCGUGCUCGUCUUUUAUUGAGGUAAAGGAAGGAGACAAAGACUGGGAUGGAACAAGAAGCGGUGGCAGCGAUGGGGACGCUACUCAACUUCGGAACGACUGGGACUACCUGUCGAAUGCUGCAGCGCUUCAACAUUACUACAUCGGCGGCAGCGAUGGAGACGAGGAAGGCAACGAUGGGGGAAAUUCACUAAAUUCGUCCUGGAUCCUUGGUACUAGUGUAGCAGCCUCCAGUAGUUGCGGAGGUGCCUGUGUCCCGGACGAAGACGAGGAGUUCAAUAUGCUUCCGAAUGCAGGAGGACUAGGAAGUGUCAGCGGAGGUGGACAACUACAAGGAGGAGCAAGUGCUUCUAGGGGAGAGCAAAAAAUGCGUUCCAGAACCCAGAUGCUCAGUACCGCUGGUUCAUCAUUUGUAUUUAAGGCUUCCCCUAACCCAUCUCGUCUAUUGAGAUCCGUCAACAGUAUGCACCCCAAUACAAGGGGGACGCGGGCGCAUAUUCUUGAGGAAUUUCCACAGGGAUGAACUGGGGGAAGCUCUACUGUAUACGGAGACCAGCCGCGUCGUGGCAUAUCACCCCUGCCUGAGAGUGCUAGCGGUGUACGAGUUUCUUCGUUCUUGGAUUUCGACAACAUGAGUGAGGUUUCAUCUCGAUCUGUCAGCGUGGCACCCUCGUCGAUUAUGUUUGUCGACGGGGCCGCUGUGGACCACCUUCAAGUGCCACGUGGAGGAUCGGGAUCCUGCUCUGGCUCUGUUUCCCGAACUUCGUACUCGGUGCCCGGCACACCAGCUGCGAAUGACAUACAACUAGAGGUCGUCGGUCUUCCUGGGCGGUCGUUAUCCUCUAGCUCCCUGUCUUCUUUUGUGGUCCCUGAUAGACAUGGAACGUUGCGCAGCACUAUCGUUUCCGCCACCUCUGGCUUGCUUCGCGGGCACCGAUCGGACGCAGAACAGGAAAAGGAUCAGACCACAGACGCAGAUGAAUGGGAGUCUGUAAUCAAGCCUGCUGAAGUAGAUCAGGACGCUACAUUUAUGGAAUGUUUUUUUAGAUCACCGCAUCCGCACCCGAUGGUGCUGCAUGUUUAUGUUCUACUGAAAAGGUAGCUUGAAACCUAAAUCCAAAGUUCAAGAACAUAUUACUUCUUCUUCUACAGAUCCACCUGUUGUUGCAUGAACAAAAAUACGACAGCGAGGUCUUCUACGUUUGUCCACGACGGUGAGUGUCUCUAAGGAUACACACCGUGCACAACCGAAUCCGAAUGCCGUUUCUGGUGGUGAAAUGGCGGAGAGCUUCAUGAUGGUAGAGAAGGAGCAACAGGGGCUUGAUAUGUCGUUGCUGGCAAAAAAACUCGACAGCUCGUUGAGCCUUUCUUCUCGCGGAAGUGAAGGAAAGUCGUAG